AUGACGCAGCCCAAGGAACAGGAAAAGAAAGCCGCCAAGCUGAACAAGCUAAUCGUGGAGGAACCUUUCAAUGAUGAUAACAGCAUUAUAUCUAUGCAUCCAGAACGCAUGGAUGCGCUGAACAUUUUCCGCGGUGAUACGGUCCUUGUGAGGGGUAAAAAACACUGCUCCUCUAUUUUUGUUGCUAUGGAGGACACGGAAUGUGCUGUUGGUAAGAUCAAAAUGAAUAAAGUCGCGCGACGGAACAUUCGCGUUCACCUGGGUGACUCGGUACGCAUCUCGCCAGCUAAAGAUGUUCCGUAUGGCAAUCGCAUUCACGUGCUUCCUUUUGAUGAUACUGUGCAGAACCUCUCGGGGGAUCUUUUUGAGAACUUCCUGAAGCCCUACUUUCUUGAUGCAUACCGUCCAGUUAAGAAGGGAGAUUGCUUUAUCUGCCGUGGUGCGAUGCGCGCGGUGGAGUUCAAAGUUGUGGAGGUAGACCCGGGUGAGUACUGCAUUGUCUCGCCGGAGACCAUUAUUCACACUGAGGGAGACCCUCUUCGGCGUGAGGAUGAGGAAGCUCUCGAUGGCGUCGGGUAUGACGAUAUCGGAGGCUGUCGUAGGCAGCUUGCGCAGAUCCGUGAGAUGGUAGAGUUGCCGAUUCGCCACCCAGAACUGUUCAAAAAUAUCGGUAUCAAGCCUCCGCGCGGCAUUCUACUCUAUGGGCCACCAGGCAGCGGCAAAACAUUGAUUGCUCGUGCGGUUGCCAACGAAACUGGUGCCUUCUUUUUCUUAAUUAAUGGGCCUGAAAUCAUGAGCAAGAUGGCCGGUGAGUCCGAGAGCAACCUACGAAAAGCCUUUGAGGAGGCCGAAAAGAACUCGCCGGCGAUCAUCUUUAUCGAUGAGAUCGACUCAAUCGCGCCCAAGCGGGAUAAGGCUCAAGGUGAGGUCGAGAAGCGCAUCGUUUCGCAGCUUCUCACACUGAUGGACGGGAUGAAGACCCGCUCGCAGGUGAUCGUCAUGGCCGCCACGAACCGGCCCCAAAGCAUCGAUCCAGCGCUCCGCCGCUUCGGCCGCUUUGACCGCGAGCUCGACAUCGGUGUCCCCGAUGAAAUCGGCCGCCUUGAGAUUAUCCGCAUCCACACCAAAAACAUGAAGCUGGACCCUCAGGUAAAUUUGGAGAAGAUUGCCAAGGACGCGCACGGCUUCGUGGGCGCGGAUUUGGCUCAGCUGUGCACGGAAGCCGCGAUGCAGUGCAUUCGCGAAAAGAUGUCCGUGAUUGAUUGGGAGGACGACACGAUCGACGCAGAGGUGAUGAAUGCGAUGCACGUCACGCAAGAACACUUUUCUGAGGCGAUGGCGAAGACCAACCCGUCAGCCCUGCGCGAGACUCAGGUGGAAACGCCUAACGUUACCUGGAAUGACAUCGGCGGUCUCAUGGAUGUCAAGCAGGAGCUGCAGGAGCUGGUGCAGUACCCCGUCGAGUAUCCCUGGAAGUUCGAGAAGUACGGUGUUUCCGCGCCCAAGGGCGUUCUUUUCUACGGUCCUCCAGGCUGUGGUAAGACGCUGCUGGCCAAAGCGAUUGCGACGGAGUGCCAGGCGAACUUCAUCUCCAUCAAAGGCCCUGAGUUGCUCACGAUGUGGUUUGGCGAAUCUGAGGCUAAUGUGCGCGACGUUUUCGACAAGGCGCGCAACGCGGCGCCGUGUGUGCUCUUCUUCGACGAGCUAGACUCUGUAGCCAAGGCCCGCGGUGGGCACGGCGAUGGUGGUGCUAGCGACCGCGUCAUCAACCAGAUCCUGACGGAGAUGGACGGUAUGAAUGAGAAAAAGAAUGUUUUCAUUAUUGGAGCGACCAACAGGCCAGAUGUGUUGGACCCCGCUAUCAUCCGGCCUGGCCGACUUGAUCAACUCAUUUACAUACCACUGCCUGACAAGGAGUCCCGUGAGGCCAUCAUCCGUGCGAACUUUCGCAAAUCCCCGCUGGCAGAGAAUAUCAAUAUUCAAUAUAUGGCCGCCGCCACGCAUGGCUUCUCUGGGGCCGAUCUCGCAGGUAUUUGUCAGCGCGCCUGCAAGAUGGCCAUUCGAGAGUCCAUCGCGAAGGAAAUCCAAUUGGAAGAGCUGCGCAAGGCAGGCGCAAUAUCGGAGAAUGAAGACAUCGACCCCGUUCCUGAGAUUACACGGGCCCACGUCGAGGAGGCCAUGCGCGGAGCACGGCGCUCUGUCAGUGAGGCAGACGUUCGUCGCUAUCAAAUGUUUACGACCUCUUUGAAGCAAUCACGCGCGUUCGGCAUGGAUCACACCAUUCCAAAUCUAGGAAAUGAGGCGAAUGAAGAUGUCGAGGAUGCUGACCUAUACGCCUAA